GUGAACGACUUUUCAAGAUUUUCAGUGAGGGUCUUCAUGACAGAUACUGCUCUGUGGCUUCUCCCGAGCUUCGAGAGUGAGACCGGCGACACUCAGAUCUGAAUCCACCUCCAAUAUCUCAAGCUCCUUCCCCUCGUCCCCUUCCGGAGCGGCUUUCAGGUUUCCUACUAUCAUAAAACCAUGUCAAGGAGGCCAGUAAAUCCUUCUCGACGUCUUGUUGAUGGUGGGAGUCUUCCAUUUGUCGGAUCAAUACAUUCCAAGUCACGGUCAUCGCCUUUGCUAACCAUAGGGCUUGUUGUGGGAGCAAUGCUUCUUAUUGGAUUUUGUUAUCAUCAAUCAGGUGGAUCAAGGAGCAAUAUAGAGGCUGUGAGUAAAGUUGAAGGUGGUACAUUGUGCACUGCAGAGGUCCAACGAGCAAUACCCAUUCUAAAGAAAGCAUAUGGAGAUAGCAUGCGUAAAGUAUUGCAUCUAGGCCCUGAUACUUGUUCAGUAGUGUCUAAAUUAUUAAAAGAAGAGGAUACAGAAGCAUGGGGUGUGGAGCCCUACGACUUAGAUGAUGCUGAUGCCAGUUGCAGACACCUUGUGCGGAAGGGCUUCGUGCGUGCUGCUGAUAUUAAGUUUCUCCUGCCAUAUAGAGCAAAGUCAUUUUCUCUUGUCAUUGUUUCAGAUGCAUUGGAUUACUUGUCUCCCAGAUACCUUAACAAGACUCUACCAGAACUUGCAAGGGUUUCUGCUGAUGGUGUUGUUAUAUUUGCCGGCUAUCCAGGUCGGCAAAGGGUCAAAGAUUCGGAACUUCCCAAAUUCGGACGUCCAGCAAAAUUACGAAGCUCGUCUUGGUGGAUAAGGUAUUUUGUACAGACAAGUUUAGAAGAGAAUGAAGCAGUGGUAAAGAAGUUUGAUCAGGCUGCAGCUAAGAGGUCCUACAGGCCUGCUUGCCAAGUCUUCCACCUCAAAUCCUACUCUUGAGAAUCUCAAAACUGUACUUUCUGUAAACUUAUUCCCCCCAUGCCUGUUUUAUUUUGCACAAAGUGCUUAGUUUCUUCUCUAAAUUAGCUACCUAAUUUAUAUGCCUUUUCAGUAAAUUGGUAUAGGUUUUAGAAUACGCAUUGCACUUGUUUGUAUCUGGGCAAGUUAUGAUCAUGACAUAUUGUGAUUCUUUCGGUGGUUAGCUUUUAUGGCAAAUAUGAUUAAUAUGUAUGGCCUCUUUGUAUUA